AUGGAGAGGCAGCAAUUGUUGUCAGUGGCUUGGUAUACAGUGGCUUGGUAUACAGGAGCAGUUGUAGCCGUCGACAUUCACGGCAUGAGUGGUGAGAUAAGACCGUCUCUGAUGCAGCUGAAGUCACUGCGGCGUUUAGACUUGAGUUUCAAUUCUUUCAAUGGCAUAGCAAUACCUCAAUUCUUUGGAUCACUGGACAAUUUGCAAUAUCUAAACUUGUCAGACGCUGGUUUUGGUGGCCUCAUUCCUUCCAGUUUGGGAAAUUUAUCACGCUUGGAAGUUCUUGAUCUCAAGGUACGACAUGACUUAUCUAUUGACAAUUUCCAAUGGAUAACUGGUCUUAUCUCUUUAGAAUAUCUUGAUAUGAGUGGGGUCAACCUUUCAUUAGUGAAGGAUUGGGUUGAUGCAUUGAAUCAGCUACCUUCUAUAUUUGAAUUGCAUCUAUCUGGUUGUAGCUUGUUUGGUUAUGUUCCCUCUCCAGUGUCUUUAAAUUUUACUUCACUUGCUGUCAUGGAUCUCAGCUUCAAUAACUUCAAUUCAAAGAUACCUGAUUGGGUUCAAAAUGUAAGCAGCCUCCAAUAUCUUGAUAUGAGUGAAAGUAAACUAUAUGGAAGAAUACCACUUGGUCUGGGUGAGAUGCCAAAUUUAGUGUCAUUGGAUUUAAGUCUCAAUUACAAUCUAACAGCAAGUUGCUCCCAACUCUUCAGAAAAAGAUGGGAAAAGAUAGAAGUUAUUAAUUUUAGAGAAAAUAAGGUACAUGCAAAACUCCCCUCAUCUUUGGGAAACAUGACUUCUCUUGUUCUUCUUAACCUUGAUAACAAUGCUGUUGAAGGUGGUAUUCCAAGUUCCAUUGGAAAACUCUGCAACUUGAGUCAUUUUUAUUUAUCAAGAAAUAACAUGACAGGAAGUCUGCCUGAAUUUCUUGAAGGAACAGAAAGCUGCCCUUCUAGGAAUCCUUUGCCUAAUCUACAUCAAUUUCAUCUGGACGACAAUCAACUGAUUGGUAAAAUUCCAAAUUGGUUAGGUCGAGUAGAAAAUCUUGUUGAGCUUGACCUUAGUUAUAAUCUGUUUGAAGGACAAAUCCCUAGUUCUUUAGGGUCAUUGAAAAAUCUCACCACCUUGCAGCUUUCAACGAAUAAACUCAACGGGACUCUUCCUGAAAGUUUAGGACAACUUUUUGCCUCGGCAACCUUCGAUGUUUCUUUCAAUCAAUUAUAUGGCACAGUCUCUGAAGCUGUCUUUUCGAAGUUAACCCAGUUGACUUUGUUAGAUUUGUCUUAUAAUUCAUUGGUUCUAAAUGUCAGCUCCAAUUGGAUGCCUCCAUUCACGCUCGUAAAGCUCGGAAUGGAUACUGUGCCAAAUUGGUUCUGGAAUGGCAUGCCUCGAAUGAUGUUCUUAUCUCUGUCUUAUAAUCACUUCUCUGGACACAUACCAGAGUCUAUAGAAAAGAUGUGUGGUUCUCUUUUUGCCAUUGAUCUUUCAAGCAACAAUUUCAUUGGAAGUCUCCCUUCAAACCUUUCAAAAUGUCAUUUCUUGACCACGUUAGACCUUAGCAACAACAUUUUGUCUGAAGAUAUUCCAUAUUCCUUAGGUCAAUUGCAAUCACUUCAAGUGUUACACUUGAACAACAACCAACUAUCGGGGAACCUGCCAUCAUCUUUGAUCAAUUUAUUCGUGUUGAUGACCAUGGAUCUUAGAAACAAUGACCUUUCAGGUGAAAUUCCUACUUGGAUUGGAGACGGCUUUUCAUAUCUUACGAUUCUAAACUUAAGGUCAAAUGCAUUCUAUGGAGAAAUACCUUCUCAGCUUUCAAAAGUAAGUUCGUUGCAAGUCUUGGACGUUGGGGAGAAAUCACUUGAGUGGCAGUAUUCCGACAAGCAUUGGUGA